UGCUCUCUCACACUAGAAAGAAGAACACAACUCUCUCUCUCCAUCUUUCUCUCUCUACAACUCCAUAUGAGUAGUUCUUUCCACUUUUAUGAAAAUGCAUGUAAAAAAUGAAAUUCUGAGCUAUAACAAAUCAACCCAGCUGAUCCAUAUAGAUACUUCUCAGAAGCCGAUCUUUUGAUCUGAAAUGGGGAAGAAAGGAAAUGGUUGGUUCUCGUCUGUGAGGAAAGUGUUCAAAGCUUCUUCCAAGGAUUUGCCAGAGAAAAAGGAGAUCCAUAAUGUAGAGAAACGACAGCAUGAAGCUCCAGAAGUUGUGUCGUUUGAACAUUUUCCUGCAGAGAGUUCCCCAGAUGUUACAAAUGAUGAGAGCGCUUCCUCAACUCCGCUGACAGAAGACAGAAACCAUGCCAUUGCCGUUGCUGUGGCCACUGCUGCGGCCGCUGAAGCUGCAGUCGCAGCAGCACAAGCCGCCGCUAAAGUUGUCCGCCUUGCUGGUUAUGGACGCCAGUCUAGAGAAGAAAAGGCUGCAAUUCUUAUUCAAUCAUUUUAUAGAGGCUAUUUAUCUAGACGGGCUUUGCGAGCAUUGAAGGGGUUAGUGAGGCUGCAGGCAUUGGUGAGAGGCCACAAUGUGAGAAAACAAGCACAAAUGACAAUGAGGUGUAUGCAAGCCUUGGUUCGGGUGCAAGCAAGAGUGAGAGCUCGUAGGCUUCAGUUGACUCAUGAGAAGCUGGUGACCAAGGAGGACGAGGGAGCAAGAUCAUCAGGAGUAGCAGAGCCACAAAAGCUCAAGAGUCCUUUGAAGAAACAUGAAAGCAAGGGCAGACAUCAUAGGAAUAGAAGUGUAGAAAAAGUCAAAGAAACUCCAUCUUUGAGACAUGACCCUGUUAUGAAAAAGGAAAGAGCUCUUGCUUAUGCUUUUGCUUACCAGCAACAACGGCAGCAGCAGCAACAGCUUCUCCAAACAAUCACAGACAGCAACGAUUUUGGGCCCCAAACGGAUGAACGAGACAAAGCCCAAUGGGGCUGGAACUGGCUAGAGCGCUGGAUGUCAGCGCAACCGUACACGGGAAACGGACGCCGCUCCGACCCACUACGAGACACUUCCUACGCCACUCUCGCCACUACGGCCACCACCCUCAGCGAUGGCGACGCCGCGUCGGAGAAGACAGUCGAAAUGGACGUUGCAGCAGCUUCGGGGUCCGAUCAUGUGAACAACAUGGGCCUGGACUUCCUCGAUUCGGGCUCGUAUUCGACCCGGCAACUCCGUCAAGGAAGCCCAAAUAAUGUGCCGAGCUACAUGGCCCCGACCCAGUCCGCUAAAGCCAAGGCCCGAUGCCAAGGCCCAGGUCCAGGCCCAGGAAGUGGGAAGCAGCGAAGCCCAUCUACGCCUCAAUGGAACCCGUCGACUAGGAGAGGAUUGGGUUCGGGUAUUGAUUCGACGAGCUCGGGUGGUGGAACGACGACGUAUCAGUUGGCCAGAACACCAAGCCCAAAAAGUACUGGGCUUUUGUAUUCGAAUGGGAGACGGGCCGUGGGCUGUGGCCCAGAUUCACCGAGUGGUACUGGUGAUGAUUGGGGCAUACCUUUAAGUGUCCACAGCCAACACCAUGGGUGGAGACAGGAUUUUGAUUGAUUAUAAUUAAUUGCGUUCCCAAGCUUCUAUGGUGUGAGAUUGAGAUUAAGAAUGAUAUGAACUUUGUUUGUCAUUACAUUUCAUAUUUAUCUUCUUCUUCUUCUUCUUUUAACUUAUUUGUUUUAAUCAUCUUUAAUCCAAACAAUCGACUUCACCAUUUGGUUAUUUGUAUAAUGUAUAUAUAUGUGACAAUAUUUUUUAUUUUUCCUAAGAAUAAUUGUACUAUGAUUGUGGAAUGUGGAAACAAUAUAAAAACCGCUAAUGGUAUUUUAGUUUA